AUGCUGGUCUUUGCCUGGCAAGCUCAGGGUCAGUGCGAUGGAACGCAGAUGAACAAAGCUGCCUUUUCAAACGAUGUCGUUGGCCUGGAAAGCCUCAUCUCGUUAGGUCACGAUCCGAACGAAAUGGCACCCCCAGGGGUGGACUGCUGUGGCAUGAGGCCGCUGCACUGUGCUGGAAUUGACAAUGCUACAGGGUCUGCCAAAGUGCUGAUCGAUGCAAAGGCAGAUGUCAAUGCCACAAGCAGGCACCCCGUUUUUGCAGCCCUGCACUCUGCCGCCUACUGGUGCUCUCCGGGGGUUGCGGAGCUCCUCUUGAAGUCUGGAGCAUUCGUGGAUGCUCGGAAUUCAGAUGCCAGGACACCUCUGCUUGAGGCAGCCAACUCCGGCUGCGCGGCCGUUGCCGCAAUUCUGGUUCGAUGGGGUGCAGAUGUGGAAGCUGCUGAUGUACCCGAUGGCCGCAGGGCCAUGCAUUGGGCGGCAGAGGGAGGCUUCACAGAAACGAUGCAAGUCUUGCUAAGAGCGGGGGCCUCACCGGACAGCCGCCUUAAUGGAGACGGCUGCACGGGCUGUGUGGGUAGCACACCACUGCACAGAGCCGCACACACGGGGAAGCUAGAAGCGGUGCGGCUCUUGUUGAAACACUGCGAUGUGAACUCCAUGGACAGUUACUGGCAGACGCCGCUUCAUUAUGCAUCAGCUGCAGGCCAUCUCAAAACCGUCAAGUUCCUUGUUGACGCCGGGGCCAAUCCCACCUUGGAGGGCUUUGAUAGUCGCACGGCCAAAGAGGUUGCGAUGUCUCGCGACAAGGCAGAUGUGGCGAGCUAUUUGUCUGCUUAUGACUUGAGCCCACUGGACAGAGCCAGCCGCUCAGUGCAGAGCGUCAGAGCCUGGCUUUCCGUAGCUGCUGCACUCAUCGCUUCCGGGGCAGCAGCACCAUACUUUGCAAGACGGCCCAAGAAGGAAUCCCCUCUGUCUGCCGGGGCCUGUGUCCUGGCCUCAAUUUCUGCAGUGCCGGCGGGAUGGAAGAUUCCCAUGCUGAUGUACUGGUGGCUGGCGGUCAUGGCCAACAUUGCGCUGGUCGAUCUCUUGAUGGUGACCGUGCAGCCCAUGUGCUGGUGCGUGAUCGUGGUGCUGGUCUACGCUGGCCCUGCAGCGUGCCGGUAUGGCUGGGGCAUUCUGGAGGAAGUCCCGGUCACCGCCUGCAUGGCAAAUCUCCACCUGCUGAACAUCCAACAUGCGAGAGGCCUACGCCGGCUAGGAAUUUUGGUGCUUGCCUCGCGGCCUUUCUUGCUCUUCGGCAUCUCUCAGUGGGUGACCUGGGGAGAGUGGCAGUGGCGGCCGAAUUCUUGGGAUGCCCAGCAUUGGAGCAACUCCGUGGCUUCUGCCUUCAACGUGUCCUUUCCUCCGGGGAUGAUGGCACCCUCCUUCCUCUGCAACGAAAAGGGAGCAGAAGUCCUCUAUGGGAUCUGGCCGCUGGUUCCGGGGGUGCCUCAAGUCGUCGAGGCCCAGCUGUCGGCUCCUUACCACGCCUACGUCGAUGCCCUGGCGCAUUCCUACUCCUCAGACAGCCAGGAGUUGCUGGCUCAGAUUGGGCAUCGGGAAGCAGUGCGCAUGAUUCUGAAAGACGGGAUCCUCGAGCCAACCUUGCAGAAGCCCCUCAGUCGGACAGCGGCCAUGAACGUCUUGGUGUUCACCAUCCUGCUGGCAAGUGUUGCCUGGGGCAUCCUGCUACUUCUGCUACUUCUGGCAUGCCGGGGACGGGUGCUCCACAGCAAGGGGCCAUCCAAGGUGGCUGCGCUGGCAGCAGAGAUAGAGGCAGUGAUUCAUUCAGCAGGCACCAUCGAAGAGAGGAAAGCAUUUAUGAUCUUCUUGGCCGCCGGCCUCAACAUGUACCAAUGGGCGGUACUCAUGGGAAAUGAGGACUACAGCUUCGCGGCUGUGGUUCUCUUCUUUGAGAUCUUGAGAGGCAUCACAGAUGUGGCGUUGUUUUUGCUGAAUAUCUACAAGGUCCCAUUCUCCUCUCACAGUGGCAAGACUGCAUGGCCUGGAGUUGCAAGUAUCUUCAUGAGCAGCUACUUCAUAGCGGGCUACCUGCUGGAGAAGUUGGAUUGCUGCACCGUCGAUGCUGAAGUUGACUGGAGUGACACAAGUGAGAGCAGUAGUGGCGACUCCUCCAGCGAGGAUGUUGCCUGGCUGAAGAAGGAAUCUCGAUUGCUUGCUUCCGAUUGA